AGUUCACUGGAGAAAAAUCUCUGGCCAAACGCAAACCUGGGGUUCGGUUCUGUUCUAAAGGCGUUUUAUUAUAACCGUACCAAAAUAAACGCAUCGGGUCCAGCGAAUUUCGGAAAACAACGACAGAAUCCUCCUACGUUGUAUUAGAUUUAGUGUUAGUCCGUCUUUGCGUUUACGACGUGCAACAAUCAAAAUCUGAGUGCGCCUUCAAUCAGCAAUAAUGGCACCACCAAAAGUUUGUGCUACCUGCAAGCAGAACAUCGAGGGUGGGGUACUAAUAGCCCUUGAUAAGUUCUACCACUCGGACCAUUUUAUCUGCUUUGAAUGCAAAAGGCCAAUCACAGAGUCGAAAUUCCAGCAAAAAGACAAUGAGCCUUAUUGCAAUGACUGCUAUGCUAAUAAAUUCUUGCAAAAAUGUAAAGCUUGUGGCCAGCCAAUCAAAGAUAAAGUCGUUACCGCUAUGGGAGCCGACUGGCAUGAGGAUCACUUCGUCUGUGCAGGCUGCAAGACAAAGCUGAUUGGUACCAAAUUCAUGGAAAUUGAAAGUGCUCCGUAUUGCCAAAAGUGCUAUACUGAGAAGUACGCAGACAAAUGCAAGGCCUGUGGUAAGCCUAUCGUCACCCAAGCUGUCAUCGCUUUGGACGCUAAAUGGCACCAAUUGUGCUUCAAAUGCUCUAAAUGUGGCAAGCCCAUCAUGAAGGAUCAAUCAUUCCGCACCGAAGGGGGCAAACCUCAAUGUGUUAAAUGUUAAAUACAUAUAUGUAUACAAAUAUCAAGACACCACGCUUCUGCAAUCAACACACCGAUAUUUACACAACUGUAUUCAUAUUAUACAUGGCUUUUUGUUCUCUUUUAGUAAAUAAUGUUAUGGCUUUGCUAUUAAAUUGAUUAAAAAGUA